CUUAUCUCUCAGAUAUCCUGUUCUCUGCCGUUUAUCCACAGCAUAUCAAGUGUUUGGGACCAAAGCAGAUGUUGAACUGACACGCACUCUGCAUUCCUGCUUUACUUUGGUGAAGAAUGGAAGUACGUACAUAACAAAACCAGCAUUUGUCAUUAUACAGCAAGAUAAAGGAGGAAAUCUCGUUUUCACAACCAUAACCAGCAGAUCUGACAUUUAAGACAACUCAAAAGAUAUGAUGUAAAGAAUGAGCUGCGACCAUUUCUUACAUGUUUCUGCUGUUACACUGAAGGCCUCAUGAUGCCCGGGGUAGUAAUGAUAGAAUGGAACCAAUGGCUAAUAUACAGCAGCUGUUACAAGAAUUAAGGCUCCAUAUGAAAUCUUUGGAUAAUACAUAAUGGAGAACGUUUUUGGAUCACGAGAAAUGAUGACCCAAUCACAUAUUAAUGUCAUGUUUCAGUAAAGAGUUGGGAUAUAUUAUUGAACUUAUGAUAAUUGAUUUUACUGCAUUCAGAACACCGGCACAAUGGCACAGAUUUUGCACAGAGUUAAUGAUACCCUUGUGAACGUAACAAGAACUAAUGUGUCUGAGAGCAAGACGCCCGAUUUUUCAGAUUUUGAUGCAUGCCAUCCGUCUAUCCCUGCUAUCUUUAUAAUGAUUGUUGCAUAUAGCAUAGUGACAAUAGUGGGCCUUUUGGGUAAUAUCUGUUUGAUUUUAAUCAUUAAGAAGCAAAAGGAAGCCUGCAACGUCACAAAUAUUCUAAUCGCUAAUCUUUCCUUAUCAGAUAUUUUGAUAUGCAUCAUGUGCAUACCAUUUUCAGUUGUAUACACGUUGAUGGAUUACUGGAUUUUUGGAGAGGCAAUGUGCAAAAUAAGUCCCUUUAUUCAAAGUGUAUCUGUGUCUGUGUCCAUAUUUUCCCUUGUUUUAAUUGCUAUUGAACGAUACCAAUUAAUAGUAAAUCCUCGUGGAUGGAAGCCCAAUAUGUUGCAUGCUUACUGGGGAAUAAUUAUUAUCUGGUUUUCUUCUCUGGCAAUCUCUACUCCAUUCAUCAUAUUUUUCCAGUUUACAAAUGAACCAUUUAAAAACAUAUCUCGAUACAAUGACUCCUUCAAAGACAAAUACGUCUGCAUUGAGUCAUGGCCUUCAGAAACAGAAAGACUAGUUUUUACAACGUCUUUAUUAAUAUUUCAGUAUUUUGCCCCACUCUUUUUCAUCUUUCUCUGCUAUUUGAAAAUUUUUGUAUGCCUAAGAAAACGAAAUGACAAAGUCGACAAAAUGAGAGAAAACGAGGCAAGACUGACUGAAAAUAAACGUAUCAAUAUGAUGUUGAUAUCAAUUGUUGUGGCCUUUGCUAUUUGUUGGUUGCCACUUAGUAUAUUCAAUAUUGUUUUUGACUGGAACCACGACGUAUUGAUGAACUGCUCUCACGACGUACUCUUUACACUGUGUCAUCUGAUUGCAAUGCUCUCAACCUGUAUUAAUCCCAUUUUUUAUGGAUUCUUAAACAAGAAUUUUCAAAAAGAUCUUCAUGUUUUAAUCCACCAUUUCAAGUGUAGUGCAAUGCAAGAAGAUUAUGAAAAUAUUGGACUUUCAGCUUUGCAGACUGAUGUUUCCAAAGGGUCUCUCAAGUUAAAUAACACCUGUCUACACCUGUAACAUUUCUGCCCUUUUCAAAAAAUCUCUAUUUAUUUUUCUCUUAAUUAUUUUGCAUUUAUAAUGAAAGGAAAUGUUCUAUAACAUAUCAGACUUAAUUGUGGAAUUUCUCCCUUCUUAUGAAAACGUUAAGACAUAAACAUAGCACAAUGGUUUAUAAAAUUAGGCAGUGGAAUAACAUUUUUUUCAGCAAAGCCAACUAUUUAGCUUGUCAGUGUUUGCCUUUUGUAAAGGUAGCUGACGUAAUUAAAAUAUGGAUCUUCAAGUAUAGUGUAGGAGAGCAUCGAACACGCAAAACAUUAACAGAGCUGCUUUUUUGAAAACAGAUCUUAAAACUGAGAUUUUGUCACUAUUUAAUUUUCUCUGGUGUGCCAAUAGUUACAGUUAAUGCUAUAUACAGUUGUGACUGUGGGGAAUAUUGAGGUACAACGAAAGUCGUUCUUAUUUUGUUGACCCAUAGUACUUUUAAAGAUGUUUGUUCAGCAGUGUGUGAAAAGUUUAAAUAUUUGCAUAAUCCUUUGUACAGUCUUUGUUCUAAUAAAGCCUUAGAGUUGUA